GCUGCGGAGCGGCCGGCGCCCGCGCCCGUCCGCUCCCAGGGCACCGCCGCCGACCGUCCAGUGAGCCAGGGGCGCGUCCAGCACCCCUCUCAGGGGGAGUUUUGGUCCUAGGUGCGACUGACACCUUACGGGCAUGGCUGUCCUUUUUUUAUCAGCAACAUGACGCUACCUACAUUUGAGUAGAUGUUCUGGUAGGUCGUUACGGUGAUCAGUCCUGGUGACGCCUCUGCGGGGGAGGCGGGGUGAUUUUUUAACGCGGAGGGAGAGCAGAGAUCGUGCUAUUCAUUCUGCCCAGACAGCCACCGCCGGCAAGACCCCAAGUGAACCUGGUGCUCUCCUAAACAUAGGUAUUCAUGAUGUCUAGUGCUGCUGAGCCGACUGUGACCGAUUCGACUCAAGUAUGCAAAGAUCUGCCAGACUACGUGCAAACGAUGGAAGUCACAGACGCGUCUGGAAGGCGGCGCCAGCUGGUCUUCCCCAAGGGCCUGGAUCUGGACCGUCCGAAGCGCAGUCGGACCAGCUUCAGCGGCGAGCAGCUGCGCCAACUGGAGCGCUCCUACCGCGCCAGUCCCUACCUGGUGGGCGGCGAGCGGCGCCGGCUCGCCGACUCUCUCGGCCUCUCCGAAACCCAGAUAAAAGUGUGGUAUCAAAAUCGCCGCACCAAAAACAAAAAACAAAAGGAGAGUGAGCCGCUGGGCGCGGACAGGCUGGCUGCCGCCCCGAGCACCUGGUGUCUGCCGGCCGGCCCGCCGCGCCGGCCGGUGCUGCCACCGGUAUCGGCUGCCUCCACUGUGGGUGUCAGAGCCUAUCACGAGGUGGCGGCGGUGGCGACUCCCCGUCCGCUGCGCCCGGAGGUCUGGCAGGCCGCCGCCGGCCCGACUCCGUGCUAUCGGCCGCCGCUGUGGCCUUUUCACCUGCAUCAGACGGAUCGGCUGCCCUUCCUGCCGCACGUACAGUACAAGUGGGCAUGAACUCAUGGCGGGCCUGUCUUACUCGAUUUGUCGCCGAUCAGAGUUGAUGCUUCCCGUCGGUUCCGGACAAUUCAUAUUUGCCAUAUGACUAUAGACUAGACUUCGUUCAUAUGUGCUUCGUGAGGCUUGUGUUAAUGUGGAUCGUCAUCAGCUAGUCCGAAGCUGAUGCCAUUGCAGACGACUGCUAAGGUGUAUGUAAAUUGCAUUGCCCGUCUUCGCUGUCGUAAAAAUCCCUUGCCGGUGAAAUAUCAACAUGCUUUCAGAUUUAUUGGUGAUGCUAUUUUUUCUAGCAAGUGUUUGGUCUGAUUGUCCGUAUGCCUUUGAUAAUAGAUGUUGUUGAAUAUAACCAUAA